GAUCCGCGACCCACGCCCCUUUCCGAACAACAAGACGUUCUGGAAGCAGAAAAACCGAGAGGAGAUUUUGAGACGAAACGACAUGAGACAAGCUCGGAACCUGGACUGGAUCAAAAGAGGAUCUGUGAGAAGUGACGGCAAACCACCAGUUCCCUUCCGAGAUUUCAUCCAGAGUAUCACUAACAAAGUCUAUAUAAAUAUUCAUUGGGAGCCUUUCUUCAGUCUAUGUGCUCCCUGUCAGGUUGAAUACGACUUCAUCGCUCAUACGGACACCCUAGCGGAAGACCUUCGUCUGUUCCUCCACAAGAUUGGUGUUGUAGGGAAGGACUACCUUCUCCCGACACAACACCCCACACGGGCUAAAACGAGCUUCGGUACCACCUUCCGAGAUGUCCCGACGGAGGACUUACGUCGCAUCGGUGAAAUCUACAAACCGGAUUUCGACAUGUUUGGCUACAAUUUUGAGGAAGACCUUGCGCUCAUUGAGAACUUGCGGGGAACACGUUGAAAUAAAAUCUCUCAGUUCAGUGAUCAACUUGUAAACUUCGGGUCUCUGCCUGUCUUAUGCUAUGGACCCAUUUGCAAAAAGAGGGCCUGUACUAACGGCCUAUUUCGGUGUGUAAGCUAAGAAUAUUCUAGGGACCUGGCCAGUGGAUUAGUAUUGCCAUAGCCAGAAAAGCUUGAUUUAGUCAGGCUACCAGAAUCAAAGGUUUUUUCUCUUUUCUUAAGAGACCCAUAAG